AUGGCGACCGCCGACGUUGCAUCAUCUCCGGAUGUGGUAGAGCGUAGAAGGAUGGCAAUGGAAGUGUUGUUCGGAGAAAGUCCUAUUUCUGGUGGCGAGGAAGAGGAUAUGGGGAUCCAAAGCGACGACGAUCAGGUGUAUAAAGUUGUCCCGGCCGACAAAUCGACAUGGCAGCAUUUGAGAUUUGAAAAUAGGGAAGCAUUUGUCAAGUUCUACAAAGACUUCGCACACUGGAGGGGUUUUGGAGUAAGACGUAUUGGAGCACAGACUCGAAAACCCAAGUUCUUUAUUAGUUCUAUCCUUGCAUUUGUUAUACCAUUCUCGACAAUUGAUAUAAUCGAUGCGGGGCUGCACUUCUUCCCAGGUGGUUUAGAUUUACCCAUAUCCUUCUGCGACACAGCUUCAUCAAUAGAGUCCGAGGUUUGCCCACUUCCAACUUGA